AUGCAUCUUCUUGCUCCAGCAUUCAAGUUCCAUUUCAAGGGAGGACGACAUACCAUCAUACUUUCUGUUUUGUCGAGCCCUGCUUUGGUCUCUGGUUUGAUGGUUGUACGUGCUAAAAAUCCGGUACAUUCUGUUUUGUUUCCCAUCCUAGUCUUUUGCGACACUUCUGGUUUACUUAUUUUUUUAGGUCUUGACUUCUCCACUAUGAUCUCCCCAGUAGUUCAUAUAGGAGCUAUUGUCAUUUCAUUCCUAUUCGUGGUUAUGAUGUUCAAUAUUCAAAUAGCGGAGAUUCACGAAGAAGUAUUGCGCUAUUUACCAGUGACUGGUAUUAUUGGACUGAUCUUUUGGUGGGAAAUGUUCUUCAUUUUAGAUAAUGAAACCAUUCCAUUACUACCAACCCACAGAAAUACGACCUCUCUGAGAUAUACGGUUUAUGCCGGAAAGGUACGAAGUUGGACUAAUUUGGAAACAUUGGGCAAUUUGCUUUAUACCUACUAUUCCGUCUGGUUUUUGGUUUCUAGUCUGAUUUUAUUAGUAGCUAUGAUUGGGGCUAUAGUACUUACUAUGCAUAGGACUACAAGGGUGAAAAGACAGGAUGUAUUCCGACGAAAUGCCUUGGAUUCUAGGAGGAAUAUAAUGAACAGGACUAUUUCUCCUUUUGGCCAUAGCCAUAGAAGAAGCUUCUCCUCCAAAGCGGACGGAGGGGAAUCUCAGGAUUCCUAUAACCCUGCUUAUAUAGAUUUUUUAAGAUAA